AUGGACAAUGAGCAACUUACCAAGGAGGAGGACAUGCACACACGCACAACCCAGACUGUGGCGCCCAAGCCCACAAGCGUUCUCCACAAAGGAGGCAGUCGGUCACCAAACGCCGUGACCACCGCACUCAAACAAAGACGUAUGCGUGCUCGCGGCGCGUUUCCGUGUCUUUAUGGGCACUGCUCGGUGACGCCCACCAAUCAGCUCAGGAGCUCCUUCUACCACCGCAGCUGCUCCUGCUCCGUGCGAUCGAUCUACAAAGUCCAUCUACAGAAUGGGGUUCACCUGUGA